AGGGCAUAGAGGCUAACCUCAAUGUUUCCAAAAGUCAUAUCUGUAGGUUGUGAGUGGUAGCUUUCGAUCCAUAUUGUUCACUUCUUUUUUUCCAAAGUUUGUUAGUGGUGCUCGUAAUAAUGAUUGACGCAGCCAAAAACACUAUCGUCUAAGGUUUGAACUUUGCGUGUUGUUAAAAGACGCAAAAAUAUAUGUAAUAAAGGAGGUUACAGUCAAUUUGGUGGCUUGGCUCUGUUGGGGUAUUGCACUUGGAAGCUAGAGCGUCCGGGGUCAAGUUCCUUUCCGACCCUAGCUGGAGUUUCUUUACCAUAGAUCUGAGUUCAACUCUACGACGACGUUUGUAAGAGGGCUAACUGGUCUGCCUCCUCUCAAAUAGCAUUCCGGCUAAUUUUUUAUCUUGUGUUUUCAAUAUUCGUUUGUAAUGUGUGUUUUGUUAUCCCGUGUGGCCUCUCAUUGGGAGAGGAUACUUAAUGACUUUUUUUAAUAGCAACCAUUCUACCUAAAUUUCUGCAGAAAUAGUUACAUUUUUGAGAUUGUGUUUAUUUUGGAAGGAAUCGAGAUCUUGAUGUCUUUUCUAAAAUAUGUUCCCUUCCAGGUGGCUCACCAUAUCCACAAAUGGAUGGCAGAAAAAUUGUACACUGGCUACAGCAAGGACACAGAAUGUCGAAGCCACAACACCUGAAUGAAAAAUUAUAUGGAAUAAUGACGAAAUGCUGGCAAGAAAACCCAGAUGAAAGAUCAACAUUUACUGAACUGAGGAAUGAACUCAAAGAAAUGGAAAACCAACACAAGAGGUUGAUCAACAUGGAAAUGUAUGACAAGCAGUUGUACGCAAACGUUGAAGAUUUGGUCGUGUAAGAGAACUGACGGUCGUUUUCAUAAUAACAGUGAAGAAGACAGUACUGACUGACUGUAUAGACAUUGUAACAGUAACUCCCAUAACUCUCAGAAUUAGUGCAGUGAUGAUAUAUUUUGGCUUUGCAGUACGUUUGGAUGUUAAAAGAAGACAUGUAUUGGUUGCAGUAUAGUCUAAGGCUUUUGAAACCGUUUUUUACACUUAUCCAAAAUUUCCUCAGUGGAAAUAAAAAUGAACUUGGAUGGAAUUACUUCACUAAGCUCGCGAAAAACAAAAUUGUUUGGUCUUGACUUUUAUACAAGAAGAAGAAUGCAUAUUUUGUCAAAACUUCUCCGCCGAUAGGCUGGCGUGUUGAAGAAAUUUUUGUUCUGGCUAACUAAGAGUCUUACAAAUUUAUUUAACUGGUAUUUGGAAUCCCUUGUAAAUGAUCCCUUGUAACCAGUUUACCUAGCGACGUGCCUUUAGAUGAGAUACAAACUGAACGUAGUUAUAGAUUCUCAGUUCUCAGUUAUAAGUUCUUUAGCUAAUAAAUUCCGCAAUUAUAAGUUCAUUACCUCAUGUUCAUCGAGAAAGAAAUAUCCCGGGAGGCUCAUGAGGAAGCCGCACCAAUCACCUCUGCUAGUGCCGAAUGGUGUUGUGGUCUAAGCCCUGACUAGUAUACAGGCGGAGGAUGUGAGUUAAAUCACACCCAUGGCAGAAUGUUUUUCAAACUUUUAUUCAGUAAAACAUGUACUGGUUGUGCAACGUUUUGUGUUAUCCCACGAGCCAAUUUCUCUGUACACACAUAAGACCUUAGGCGGUGCGUAUACGAAGAAAAUACAAGUGACAAGUGGGAUAUUCCAUGUUAUUAUAUCUCUCAGGUAGCACACGAGCUAUUCUACUGUGCGGCCAGUUAAAAGUUAAAGCUGUUUUUGUUGCCAAAAUGUUUCGUGAUUUAUCGCCAAGUGUUCUUAAUUUUUUAGCAAGUGAAAGUUUAAAGCUUUCUUUUGCUUCUGAAAUUGUGUAUAUUAACCUGCUAACAACUUAAGAGUCACUUCAACAACGAUUUCAAAUUGACUCGGCUUGCUUUCGUGGUGCGUCGGAAAUUUGUGAAUAAAGCUGUUUCUUGUGAAUAGAAAUCGUCCCCAAACCCGUCAGACACACGGUAGAGAUAUAAUAAUAUCUUACUAACCUGGUUUUGUCGGUCCGUACUGUAAGUUAAGGAUCCUCGUUUGGCCCCUUGGAUCUAGUAAGAGGUAUGUAUCCCACGAGAAAGUGUUGCAUAAUUAUUUUAUACCAUGCCAUAGAAAAUACAGUGGCAAACACAAUUGAUGCAGCGCGCAAUGGGAAGGUCGAGUGUAACAUUAUUGAGUAUUCAACGGCUUUCCUGUUUUUUGCUGAUUGGCUGUAUUUCCUAUGGCAUGGUAUAAAUCAUAAAUAUAAACACAGCUGUGUACUAGAUCUUUUGCUAUAUUUUAGCAGAGUAGAGUAAAUAUACCAAGCUUUUAAAUAGUUGUUAAUUUAAACAGAAAGCUCCAUUGUUGUGUUUUUGAAGUUUUUCCUCGAGUCAACUUUUACGCUAAUUAAAGUUUCUGGUUCAAAGUCC